AUGAUAACACAAAAGGAUACUGAGCAGUCGCUACUGGGAUCAGAACAAAAACUAGGAACAGACAUGAAUAAGAUUCAUGAUACAAAACGUGCUCCAAUUUUUUCUGGGUGCCACAAAAUCAAGAAAGGUGAUUCUCUUUUUCCUCAAUGCUUUGCAAAAGAUGAGGCUCUCUGUGAUUGGUGUGUCAGACAACUCGAAGCUCAUAUGAAUAUUUGCUUGAAUCGCCCGGUUUUUGCUUUUUUUGGAAGAAUCUACGGUAGUGAUAAGUCAACAAUUACAGAUUCGUACUUCUCCGCCAAACUUAUUUUCAGAUCGAAUUCAACUUCUACACAACCAAAAAUUAGCCAAAGCUCAAAAAAUCAAAAACCCCUUAUUGCGAAUUCGUCGGAGUUCACAUCGGUAGAUAACUCUAUAGAGAGAGUUAUCGACUUCAACUCGCGAAAGCUCUGGGUGGAAAAUUGCUACAAAUCGAGUCGCAAGAUCAUCGAAGAAUACGUAUCUUCAAAUCCCAUGCAUUUUCCUAUGACAACUGAUAUUAACAAGAAGAAUGGACAAUCACAUCAGAAUGUUUCAUCCGUAAUUCAGCUGUUAGGUCAUUUUAACCGUCCGGACCCACUCAAUAAAGACUUGAUGGAUAUUAUCGAAAGCUCGGUUGAACUUGUAAAACAGCGAAAUAAUGGGCAUGAACGAUUGAGCUCAUUAGAGGGAGGCAGCUUUAAUCUUCAGGACGCUAUCGAUAUAGAAAUUUCGGAUAUCAUGGAACAAUCCAUGAAAUUGGAACAGCAAAAACAACACAACAAGAAUAAGAACUUGAUCUUACCGAUUCCAACAAAAAACCAAAACUCAACUCAACAUGAGCCUCCAAUUUUGAAUAUGGUGGACAUCAUUGACGUCUUGCUUAAACAGGAGCAACAACAAAACACUGAAGACUUGGAUAUCAGCUCACUUGUACCACCACAUCAAGAUACUAUCAAAACCAAGAAAGUCAUUGGAGUAGACAAGCGCUACAAACCAUACAAAGCUCCUAACCGAAAAACAAGAAAACAACAAAAGAAAAUCAAAAUUCCAUUACCGACCGAAACCGAAAAUAAGAAGGAACCGCAAAAAACUGUGAAAGCAACUGGAUGGUUGAAGGAGAGUCGGAGUCAAGAUGCAUCUGCUGACGCAGAGGGAUCGUCUAUUCCUUCAACGUCAAGCGGCGGAACCCCAACAAAUUUUCCGAGUCCACCUCCUUAUAGACAAAUCAUCGAGAUGGGACUAGAAACAAAUCUUACUGAUUUUGCGGAAGAUUCUGGACAUUCUCGAGCCAAACAAGCCGACCCUUACAAGGAAUUGAUGGAUUGUGUUCUGGAGCGCGUGAACGAACCAAGUAGCAAGUUUUUGAAUGAAUUGAGAUUGAAAGACAAGGUGAGAAAGAUGGUUAAACCACCUAAAGCACCUCUUCAACCACGUCUCGUUCAUCAGAGCUCGAUUGGAACAAUUUAUAGUACCGACAGCGACACGACAACGGUUUCGAAUGUGAACAGUUCUAUGGAUCCAGCUACUGAAGCUUUAACUUUGCAUCACUUGGACGAUUCAAUCCAAAACGUCGUGAAUAUAAUGGCAUGGAAAGAAGGAGGAGAUCGGUCCACCGCACAAAUCAUAGCUGAUUAUGAAACUUUUAAUGCUGUCAAAGCGAUUGUCACUAAAAACAAAUACUCAUAA